AUGUCAAAUCACGGUACACAUCAAGUUUUUCCUAUUGUGGAGAAGACGGACAAGCAAAGUAAAUACGUCAAAUGUUGGAAGCAGUCUUCAAAUAGUACUGAAGAAAAAAAUAUGCCUCUCGGGGAGGAAGCUCACAAAUAUUUACCAUGCAGGGAAUUCUUCACUCAAAUAUUUAAUCUAAAUGCGCUUAUCAACAUCUGUACCGGAGAAGAACAUAAAUGUGAAGAAGGUAAUAAAACAGGUAAUUGGUUUUCAAGUGUAACUGUACAUGAAAAACAUGAUGCUGGACAGAAGGCCUGUAUUUGUAAAGAAUGUGGCGUAGCAUUUUGGAUUACCUCACCUCUUCGUAAACAUCAGAGAACGCACACUGGAGACAGGCUUUUUAAAGGUAGAGAAUGUGCUGAAGCUUUUAGUCCGCCCACAAAUAUUAAAGAAUAUCAGAAAACUGAUAGAGGAGAGAAACCUUUUCAGUGUAGACAAUGUGGCAGUGUCUUCACGGAGUCCUAUAAUCUUGCUGAGCAUCAGUGUAUUCAUUCUGGUGAGAAGACUUCUAUUUGUAGAGAAUAUGAUAAGGCCUUUAGGCGGUCCUCAACCAUUACUACUCAUCAGACAAUUCCUACCAGAACGAAGCCUUCCACAUGUACACAAUGUGGCAAAAUAUGUACAGACUCCUCAACCCUUACCCGACAUCAGAGACUCCGUGCUGGUGAAAAGCCUUGUAUAUGUAAGGAAUGUGAUAAAACCUUUUGCCAGUUCUCAGUCCUUUAUCAUCAUCAGAAAAUUCAUGCUGGAAAGAAGCCCAAUAUAGGUACAGAAUGCUACCAAGCCUCUGGACGCUCUUCAACCCUUACUCACCAUCAGAAAAUUCAUACCAGAAAGAAUCCUUGUAAAUGUAAACAAUGUAGCAAAGCAUUUCCACUGUCCUCAACCCUUACUCAACAUCAGAGAGCUCAUACCGGUGUAAAACCAUAUAAAUGUACACAAUGUGGCAAAGCGUUUACCCGCUACUCACACCUUACUCUUCAUCAGAGAAUUCAUACCGGAGAGAAGCCUUAUGAAUGUAGACAGUGCUGCAAAUCCUUUAGUGACUCCUCAUGCCUUACUGUCCAUCAGAGAAUUCAUACCGGAGAGAAGCCCUAUGAAUGUAGACAAUGCAGCAAAUCCUUUAGGUGCUCCUCAAACCUUACUGUACAUCAGAGAAUUCAUACUGGAGAGAAGCCUUAUGAAUGUAAACAGUGUGGCAAAGCAUUUACCCAAUCCUCACGCCUUACUGUCCAUGAGAGAAUUCAUACCGGAGAGAAGCCUUAUGAAUGUAGACAGUGCUGCAAAUCCUUUAGCGAAGCCUCACGGCUUACUGUCCAUCAGAGAAUUCAUACUGGAGAGAAGCCUUAUGAAUGUAAACAAUGUGGCAAAGCAUUUCGCCUUUCCUCGUCCCUUAUUAACCAUCGGAAAAUUCAUACCGGAGAGAAGCCAUAUGAAUGUAGACAAUGCAGCAAAUGCUUUAGCUACCCCUCACACCUUUCUAUCCAUCAGAGAAUUCAUACUGGAGAGAAGCCUUAUGAAUGUACAGAGUGUGGCAAAGCAUUUCGGUCGUCCUCACACCUUAACAAGCAUCAGAAAAUUCAUACAGGAGAGCUUUAUAACUGUAUACAAUGCAACAAAGCAUUUACUGACUCCUCUUACUUUCAUAUGCACCAGAGAAUUCAUUCUGGAGAGGUGUCUCUUGAAUGUAAACAAUGUGGCAAAGCAUUUACCCGCUCCUCAAACCUUAUUCGACAUGAGAGAAUUCAUACCAGAGAGAAGCCUUACGUAUGUACACAAUGCAGCAAAUCCUUUAGCUGCUCCUCAGGCCUUACUGUCCAUAAGAGAAUUCAUACUGGAGAGAAGUCUUACGAAUGUAACCAAUGUGGCAAAGCAUAUACCCGCUCCUCACACCUUACUCGACAUCAGAGCGUUCAUACCCAUGCAAAACCCUAUAAAUGCACACAAUGUGGAGAAGCAUUUACACUCUCCUCAGUCCUUACUCAACAUCAGAGGGUCCAUUCUGGUGAAAAGACGUAUAUGUAAAAAAUGUGACAAAACCUUUUGCCAGUUCUCAGUUCUUU